ACAACCAUUUUGUCGUUUGACAUAAGAGAAUUUUGAUUGAUUUUGGUCUCUCAUCGAUAUAUUCCUUGAAAAUGUCCAGCGCAACCACAGAUGCGUGCGAAUCAGCUUUGGUUACGACAACAAAGUCGGCGAGCUUCGAAAAUUCCAAAGACACGGUAAAACUCAGCGAAGAGUUUCUUCAAAUUUUCGAAUUGUCGUACCUAUGUUCGAUAAACCCAAGUAAGCUGAACAAAAAUCAAAUCAAAAUAAUGGAAAUGAAGGCAAGCAGAUUAUUUCAUAAGGUAACCAAUUCGCAGGACACAGUAUUCAAUAAUAUUAUAGCUCUUGCAUAUACUUAUCAGAAUAUAAGUCGUACAUACAUUAAGGCAAAUGAUAAAGGAAAAUUAUAUGCUGCGAAAGAUCUUCUUCUCCAUUGUUUCAAUUUGAUAAAAGAUAAGGAGCUGGAUCCCAAAUCUAUUUUGUUAACUCUGAAGGCGUAUAUCCAGUUAAGCCAUAUUAAUUUUUUACAAAAGAAAUACGAUGAAGCUGUAAACAUAUAUGAUAAAGCUAUAACAUUGUAUUGGAGAUAUUUAGCAGAAAAUAACGAGCGUCAUAUUCCUGUUGAUUUUGAAGAUAUUUUUAUUAAAAAACAUGCAACGCCAGAUGGUAAUAUUGAGCUAACAUCUCUAUAUACGAUUAUUUUACAAUCGUUAAUAACGUUGCAUGGAUGUUAUGUAACGCCGUUAAAUCUGCGGGGACUAAUAAUAAGCAAUCAUUUGCUUUUGAACGUUCAUUUCCAAAAUGCAUCAAAAAUUAAGGAAUAUCUGAAAUGGAUUGAAAGGGCAUUAAUAAUAUUUGAUUAUUUGUUAACAUGGAGCCGUUUCAAAGAAGCUAGAAAUUAUAUUAUUGUGAUAAAUUAUGUGAAGUACGUCUACAUUGAUAAGGAGUAUAAUAGUAUUAAGGAACGGUUAUCUCGCGAGCCAAACAUUUCCACCAAAGUAUUCGAUUGGUAUCAACAGAGUAUGACCGCAUUUUACUUAGUUCGUGUGUAUCGGGCAAAGUACGGAAUUAUGCUUUUACGUAAGUCAGCGGAACGAUUGCUACGUUUAGAAAAAGGUGAAGAUUUUGAGACCAGUUACUUGGAUGAUGUAUCGCAGAAAAUACCAUUUUUCACCGAUAUAGAGAAAACUCAUACAAUCCUAGUUAAAUGUGACAAAUUGAGAAGUAAAUAUAUAUUAAAUUAUACCGAUGCUAAGGACACGUUUAUCUUUGCUCUGAGAUUGCUGCACUAUUCGCAAUCAAAUAUUAAUCCCAAACAGAACAUGAAAAUGUACAUGACCGUUAUAUCAAAUACUUGUAACGCAUAUAAAUAUAUGGCACUUUAUGAGAAAGACAGAACUAAGCAGAUUUUGUUACACAAACAUCGCGCAAACAUUUUAUUGAAGGUUACACCGCUAAUAUAUUUGAUAAAUCCUAACAUGUUGAAAUAUUUGCAACUUCAAAUGGCCAUUGUUUUUUCAACUUUAAUAGACCUAAAACUUGAAAAAGCUGAGGCAACUAUCGCACUAUAUAUACCAGAUAAAUAUAAUUGUAUUACCGGAGAGAUUAACGCUUUAGUAUCGCAGAGCUUAAAACACUUACAAGUAUAUAUGAAACCUAAAUAAAUAAUUAUAAUAAUAACGAUAGAUGAAAACAUGAAUUCGAUAAUAGGUCAAGUCCCUCAUUAAUUUUGCAUUAAUGAAAAAAGAAAAGCAAUG